UGAAAACCAAUGUUCUGCCAUUAUGCCUUUUAUAAUCUCAGGGUUAACACCGUAAACACAAAUCACUUAUUCUCCCGUGUGAAUGCAUCGCAGUGGAAUGUCUGUAUUGGCUGAGUUUAAAAUCAUAGUGUGACAGUCAAAUCUGAAAGAAAAUCUCUCUUCCCCCUCACAGCUGACACUUCAGUGCAACUUCCUCAUUCACUGACUUGUGUUCGAUGUAGCUUUAGAGCACACUCCUGAAAGGAGAACGAAAACUGCCAAAACACACACACACAUAAACGCACUAAAACAACAAACAACCAAAGAGGCGACCUGCGUGUACCUUCUUUCCCCUGAUGAAGUAGCGCAGCUGGACGACUGGAGCAGGAUACCUCGCGGGGCUGAGCAGGACUGAGAAGGUCGGGUAGAGAAGCUGGUCAGACUCCACUGCCAGCAUGCUGCGCCAGUCCCUGAGCAUCCUCAUGCAGUUUGGCUCUGCGGCCAAGUCACAAGAUGCCACUGAACUUCUACACGAGGACCUGGUUUUGGUGGAGCAGCGGGUGGAACCGGCCAAGAAGGCGGCUCAGGUCCUUCACAAGAAGCUGCUGGGCUGCAUGCAGAGUCAGACAGGCCUGGACGCUGAAAAACGAAUGAAAAAGCUCCCCUUGAUGCUGCUGUCCGUCAGCAUGGCAGAGAGCCUCAAAGACUUUGAUGCAGAGUCCUCUAUCAGGAGGGUAUUGGAGAUGUGCUGUUUCAUGGAGAAGAUGCUGGCCAGCAUGCUGGCAGACUUUGAAAUGAAAGUGGAGAAAGACGUUCUGGAGCCACUCAACAAGCUCAGUGAGGAUGAUUUACCAGAGAUUCUCAAGAACAAGAAACAGUUUGCAAAGCUCACUACAGACUGGAACAACGCAAGAACCAGGAGCCAAGCCAGCACUGGUCCCCAGGCUAAGCAGGAUGGGCUCAGGGAGGAACUGGAAGAAGCUUGGAGGAGGUUGGAGAGUAUCAAGGACCAGUACUCUGCAGAUCUGUAUCACUUUGCAACUAAAGAAGAUGACUACGCUAACUACUUCAUCCGUCUUCUCGAGCUGCAAGCAGAAUAUCACAAACAUUCCCACGAAUUCCUGGACAAAAACAUCAGCGAGCUCAAAGAGAAUCACAGUCAAAAAGGGCCUCCGCUAAACCUCUCUAAACAGAAGGUCUACGGGGAGCCUCUGCUCUCUCAUCUGUCUCGAAGCAACAGAGAAAUCGCUGCGCCCAUCGAGGAGUGUAUUCACAUGCUGUUGAAAACGGGCAUGACUGAGGAGGGUCUGUUUCGUCUGGCGGCCGCUGCCUCAGUGGUAAAGAGGUUGAAGUCUUGUUUGGAUCAAGAAGCGGUCGACCAUAGUGAUUUCAGCAUGGACCCUCAUGCUGUAGCUGGAGCUUUGAAGAGUUACCUGCGAGAACUUCCCGAACCUCUAAUGACCUUUGAACUCUACAAUGACUGGUUUAAAGCAGCAGGGGAAAAAGAGCUGACAGAGAAGCUGGAGCAGUUCCGAGUACUACUGAGGAAACUGCCGCCUGAGAACUACAACAACCUCAGGUACCUGGUCCAGUUCUUGUCUCUGCUGUCUGAGCAGCAGGCUGUAAACAAAAUGACACCCAGUAACAUUGCCAUCGUCCUGGGGCCCAACCUGCUCUGGCCACGAGCUGAAGGGGAAGCGGCUCUGUUUGACAUGGCGGCAGCUUCUUCAGUCCAAGUGGUGAUGGUCAUUGAGCCUCUUAUUCAGUACAGCUCCAGCCUCUUCCCCGAAGCUGUAUCCUUUGAGAUCCCAGACCAUCCAGAGGUCGCGGAUGUGUCGCAGCCAGUUGCCCAGUCUCUGAUCUCAGAAAAGGAGAAAGUGAGCAGAACAGUCUCCUCUUCAUCCACAGCCUCCUCCUGCUCCUCUCAUCACCUCCCUCUCUCAAAGACAAACAGCACAACCUCUCAGGACAGUGGUGGCUUCUUCCUGGUGAAAUCUGGCUCUGUGAGUCGCAGUGGCACCUCCACAUGGGCCAGCCCGGUAGCUGACACAGCGGCACCAACCCAUCAAAGCGCAACAUCCAGCAGCUCAUUCUCCCUCGGUCCCAGCCCCACCGUGGUCUCCAACUCUUCCGCUGCCUGUAGCUCCUCAGCACUUCCUAAAGCAACGGGAUUGGCGCCAACCCCAGGUCAGAUCAGGAGUCCCACCCAGAAGCAGUGCUCGGAUCAAGGCCUGCUGGAGCCAAUUUUGGAGGCUCCUCCAGACUCUCCGAGAGCUUUGGUGAAGAUCACAUCACCUUAUAAACCCAAAAGAUCUUUCAACCUGACCAAAGCUGGCCAAGCUAACGAGCAGUUGACAGUUCAGUACUCCAAACCCCCACCACCUCCCAAGCUCCAGGCUCCUCCUACAUCCACCCCGGCAGCUGUGGACACACCGAUCCAGCCGACACCCGCGCCCCGAGCUCAGUUGGCCGGCCUCAAAAAGCCUCCUCUGAAAAAGCCUGGACUCAGAGCCCCAAAGUGCCCUCCACCGCUUCCUCCACCAUCACAGGCAAAAGAGAUUCCUUCUUAA